AAAUCACAGAGCCCCCCUUUGAACAGAAAUGGCAAAACACUGGAACCUAUUGAAGGUUUCUAUAUACAUCAUUGCCAACUGCAUCACCUUGACUAUUGUAACUCCCUCCUCAUUGGCCUACCUCAUCGCAGGCUAUCCCGUCUUCAGUCUAUCAUGAAUGCUGCUGCCAGACCAGGGGCGGACUGACCAUUCAAGCACUCGGGCACUGCCCGAGGGCCCGGUAUUAGUAGAGGGCCCAAUGAAAUGCCCCUGGUACCUUUUUUAUAGGCUUUUUUUAAGUGUGGGCAAGGACAUAGGGGCCCCAUGAUCCCCUAUUGCCCGGGGGCCUCAU